UUUUUGGCAGAUAACAGAGAACAUUCACUUACUCCAUUUUCCAUCACGUAUAAUGCAUAAUCUCCAAAAAUAAUUUUUUUUUUUAAAAAAAAAAACCCUUAAAAAAGAACUUCCAUUCGACCCUUUCUUCUGAAUUCUCAGGUUGCAAGAGAAUUCAGAAAUGCUCAGGCUAAAUUUAUAUUGUUCUAUAGUUCCUAGUCCAAAACAAGUCAACAAUAAUAUUGGCAGAAGCUGCGGUUCUUGGAUCAUUUUGCCUGAUAAACCAACGAUUCUAUGUAGGAGGGAUAUUAGUGUGAGAGCACUGAAAGAUGAGAUGAACGGUAAUGGCAGUGGAUUACCUGGUCGUAGUUGGGACCCUGGGUUGGAAAUUGAGGUGCCAUUUGAACAAAGGCCGGUGAAUGAGUACUCAUCACUGAAAGAUGAAGGUUUAUACUCAUGGGCAGAAUUGGGACCAGGGUCCUUCUUCCUACGUCUUGGGGGACUUUGGUUAGUUACUUUCACAGUUCUGGGAGCACCUAUUGCAGCUGCAAGCUUCAAUCCUUCAAAGGAUCCUUUAAGAUUUCUCCUGGCUGCAAGUACAGGGACUCUUUUCCUUGUUGCACUCAUUGUCCUGAGAAUUUAUCUGGGAUGGAGCUAUGUUGGUGAUAGGCUUUUAUCAGCAGUUAUACCUUAUGAAGAGACCGGAUGGUACGAUGGACAGAUGUGGGUGAAGCCACCUGAGAUCCUAGCUCGCGAUAGGCUGCUCGGCUCAUAUAAGGUGAAACCAGUCAUUAAAAUGCUGAAGCAAACGCUGGUAGGAACAGGGUCUUUACUAGUUGCAGCAGUCUCAUUAUUCAUAUUCGCAACCCCAGUACAAGAUUUUAUUCAGGGAACUUUCUCAACAAAAGAAAACUCAUUGAGUUCCACUUCACAAAACAGCACAAAACUGGGCAUCAGGAAAGAAGAGCUGUUAAGGUUGCCAUUGGAGGUCAAGGAGGACGACGAUUUGGCGAAAGCUGCCGCUGAAGCAGCUGAUGGAAGGCCAGUCUACUGCAGAGAUAGGUACUAUCGUGCAUUGGCAGGUGGACAAUACUGCAAAUGGGAAGACCUACUUAAAUAAGAGGGAUAUAAGUGAAGAAAGCUACAGUUCAGUUCUGUGAUUGCUCAAAAGAUUUGUACAAUUGAGCAUGUUCUUAUAAUUUUAGAGAGAAAUUUUGAUGUUUUAUGUAUAAGAUAAUCUAUAUGCAAAGAACAAAAGAAAGAUAAUCAUAACACCAGAAACUGUUACAUCAA